AGGUGGCAACCUAGGCCUAGAUGGAUAGGGUUCCCACACUGGACAAAUGGCUCUGCUCUACUGUGUAGGGAUUAACGCCUGUUGGUUACAUUUUGUUCUUACAUGGAAUACUUAAAAAUAUUUUAAAAAAAUCUGUCAUUAUAAGACGGUGCAUUAUGGGUAAUAAGCGGGAAAAUGUAAACCAGCCGCGGAGCACGCCGGGAGCGGAAGCCGGUACACCAGCCUGCAUUUCCGGUUUGCUUUGGAACGCUCUCUGCUGGCGUGUUCUUGCGUUCCAAUGACUUGAGGCUGGGUUCUGGUUCCGCGACGGAAGUCAUCCUUGGCGCACAGGGCCAUGGAGAAUGUAGAAUCCAAGGUAAAAAAGAGAGUCUUGCCACAGUGGAUGACGGAUGGAAAUGGCAGCACUAAAACAUCAUCAUCAUCGAAUGUGAAAAGAAAGAAGGAAUCCAGCUCUCCCAAAAGACUUACAGUAUAUUGUAUGAAUGAGAAAGAGCUUGUAGAGUGUGCACUGGAGAUUCUUAAUGAGGAGAAGAGGCGGGACGUCUCAGACAUGGAGGCCAUAGCAGAGGCAAGUGAAGACCAUCAGUCUGAAGAGUCGCAACCAACGUCUCCGGCCAAUGAAACCGGCAGCCCUGAGGUUAUUCCCUCAACUUCCAAAGCAGCAGAAACGUCCCCAGCCGAGGCUGAGACCGAUUCCGACAACGACGCUUUAAGACUUGUCCGGGAGAUAUUUUUUACGUGAUGCUACAGCAAUGAAAGUAGGGAUGCACCAAAUCCAGGAUUCGGUUCGGGAUUCGGCCAGGAUUCGGCCUUUUUCAGCAGGAUUCGGAUUCGGCCGAAUCCUUCUGCCCAGCCGAACCGAAUCCGAAUCCUAAUUUGC